CGCUUCGCUUCAUUCGUUUGCCUGCUCGCGUGCUUUACGGUUCGAGAUUAACGAGAAAAUCUUGUAAAAAACCUUUUUAAAAAAUCACACAAAUUCCCAAAACUACAUUCAAGAAUUACUAAAUUACAACCAAAAAGCCUUAUACAAUUGCUACAACAUUCAUUUUUUUUGCGUGCAAAUAAAGCGACAACCAAGCUGCGAGAACACCUUGUAUGGAGCAUGUCCACAGAUAAUCCCACACAGUUGCUGACCGCCCGCGAUUUGAGCCAACUGCGUGGUCAUCUGCAAUCCGGCGCAGCGGUGGCCUCCACUCACAAUUCCGUGGUGGCAGCGGCGACAGUGGCUGCCGCCCAUGGCUACCGCACGAUAGCAGCACCACCACCUCAACCACCCGCCAAUAGUAGCAGUAACAGUAACGGUAACAGUAGUAGCAACACCACCACAGCAGCAGCAGCAGCAGCAGCAGCAACAUCAUCAUCAUCUGCAACAGCAACAUCUGUAAUAUCACCAGUUAUAACCACAAGCAAUAGCAGUAGCAACAUGCCGGCCAGUGCCUCGAAAUAUGUAUUUCUGCAACACAAUCACAACGGUAGCUUUACGGCCUACGAUGGUUCGUCAGCAGCGGCGACGGCCAACGGAGGUUCGACGGUUGUUGGCGGCGGUGCCGUUGGUGGUGCCACCGGUGGUGGCAACAUAGUACUCCUGGCCGCCGAACCCCUGGAAAUGGGAACCGGCGAGGCGUUGGUCAACGUGCGAACCGCCGACGAUGACGGGGAGUUGCGUCCACUUUCCUGGUUGAAUGACAGCAAUCUGAUCAAAGGGAUUGUGACCACGAACCCAAGCAAACGUGGUGCCACUACAGCUGUGGCCAUAAAGACGACAGCGGGUGGCACGACCACCGUGGGUGGUGCUGGUGGUGCGUCCAAUGGCAAUCUUUGCAUAGUGAGCGAUCUGAUCGAGGAGCUGCCCACCAAUCUGAGUGAAGCCAGUGAGCGGGAGGAGGCUGCCAGUGGAGCAGCGGCAGCAGUUUACAGCACCACCACGGUGCACAAGGGAGCCAGUGGCACCACCACCGUGGUGGAGUACAAGGCCAGCAGCAAAGCCAAUCAGCAAUCACAGCAGCAAUCGCAGCAACAAACCUACUUGCCCACGCCGACGAGAACCAAUACAAUUGUGACUGGACACGGCUACAUGCCCGUGGUGGUGAGCAGUGGUGCCACUCCAGCGAUACUCUCACCCGCCAAACAGCAGCCACAGCAGCAGCCACAGCAGCAGCAACAAAUCUAUGUAACCAGCAAUGGAAGUGCAUCGGUGGUGGGAGGAGCGGUGCUGGGAGUGGGAGUGGGAGGAUCCGGAUCCACGGCAGCGGGAGCUGCCAUUUACAAGGCGGCCAGCCAGGCACUCAGCUCACCCACCACGAACAGCAGCAGCAGCAACACCACCACCCACCAUCCGCACAAGAAGUAUCUGCGCGAGAAGAUGCACGGCAUCCAGUUGGAUCACAGCACUCCGCACUCGGUGGCCUCCACGGUGACGGUGGUCAGUUCGCCGGCCUCCUCCAACAACUCCUCGAUAGGCAGCUCCUCCAGUUCGGUGGGUAAUUCGGGAUCGGGAUCGGGAUCAGGAUCGGGAUCGGGAUCCUCGACAGCGGCGGUCAAUGGUGGCAAUAGUCCAGUGCCGAAGGCAACCAGCAGCUUUAACACCAUCUUCGAGGCGGUCAACUAUGCCACAUCGGCGGGUAACAAUGCAGUGGGUGGCAGUGGUGCACCGCCCAGCAGUCAGGCGAUGCUCCAUGGCCAGGAGCCACCGGCUGUGGUCACCACAGCGACCUUGAUAAGCGCCGGAUCCUUGCCACCGGGCUAUAGCUUCGUCAAUCACGUGGCCAGCACGCCGCACGUCAUUUCGACGCCAGCGCAUGUGGCCUCGCCGGAGACGCCACCGGGAGCGGCUCUGCUACCCGGCACCUACUACACAACCACCAGCAGCAGCAGCAGCAGCCUUGCAGCGGGCAACACAACAACGAGCAACUUGCAGCCGCGCAGCUUGCAGCUCUCCGUUUCCCCGCCGCCUGCCACAAAUAUGACGCCAACGAGUCAGGCUCACAAUGGCUCACUUUCAGGAGGAGGAGGAGCAGCUAGUGGAGGAGGUGGAGCAGCUGGGGGAGGAGCAGCUGGAGCAGCAGUUAACCUGCGCAGUCCGAACAGCUACACCAGCUACGACAACGAGGACUCGCUGAAGGAGUUCGAUCUGGUGGUCAGCUCGCGGAUGCACACGAGCACCCCGCAAUACUCGAUAUCCAAGAGUGGAUACGCCGGAGCGAACUCCAAUACGCCGCAGAAGCAGAAGCAUCCCAACAAUGUGCCAUACGAUCCGCUAGUGCAUACCAACAACAAGCCGCCAUAUAGCUUUAGUUCCUUGAUCUUCAUGGCCAUCGAGGGCUCCAACGAGAAGGCGUUGCCCGUGAAGGAGAUCUAUGCGUGGAUUGUUCAGCACUUUCCGUACUUCAAGACGGCCCCGAAUGGCUGGAAGAACAGUGUGCGGCACAAUCUCUCGCUGAACAAGAGCUUCGUGAAGGUGGAGAAGGCGCCGAACAUGGGCAAGGGUUCGCUGUGGCGCGUGGAGCCCCAGCAGCGCCAGAAUCUCAUCCAGGCCUUGAAUCGAUCACCCUUCUUCCCCAAUUCGGCGGUGGACAAGAUCAGUCCCUCGCUCAAGAGUCCCAGUGGUGGUGGUGGUUCCGCCUACGAUGGAACGAUGGAUGCUGGCAAUGCAGUGCAAUCCUCCUCCAAUCAGUCAGCGGUCAAUCCGGGAGUUCCUGCUGCCUCAGCUCCUGCUGCGGUGGCUUUGUCCACUCCAACGAAAAGCAAUGGCUUGGUUAUGGCGGCCAAUGGUGCUAGUCAGGCGACGAAUGCGGCGGCAAGACCGCACAGUCCAGGCGGUGGUGGCGGUGGCAGUGGCAGUGGCAGUGGCAGCCAUGCCCGCUUCGAUCCCAAGCUCUUUCCCAAUCUGUCCAAGGCAUUUCGCAACAUACGCGACGACUCCGCUGGACAGCCGCAGCUCUCCGACGUUCUCGAUGACAUUUUCUCCGGCGAUUAUCACAGUAAUAAUAACAACAACAACAAUAAUAACAACAGCAAUGGCAGCAAGUACAACAACUACGCGGGUUUAAAUGGAGCUGGCAGUGGAGCAGGAGGAGCAGCCAAUGGAGGUGCCUCCGAUGGCAUCAACUUCGAGCGAUUGGCACGCGAUUGCGGAGCGGACAGCAUGGACGAUGUGCACGCGGCGGCGGCGAUGCUCUUCCUCAAACACGGACCAAAGGCCUUCAGCGAACCGAACUUCCAGAAUGGAAGUGGCCCAGUGAUCACGAGUUCGCCCAGCGAGGAUCACACCUAUUCGGCGGGCGGCAACAGCAAUGCGGACAGUGGCUCCUCGACGCCGCUGACCAAUGGCAAUGUCCUCGCCAGCGUCGCCCAGGCGGUCGUCCAGGCGCAGAGCAACCAGGUUGGACCUGGAACUGGAUCCGACAGCAACUGCGCCAGCUCGGAUGCCGCCUACGACAGCAGUGAGGAGAACCACAACAUCACGCCCGAGGAGAUGGCCGACCGGCAGCGGCACCGCGACGGCGUCGACGCCCUGCUCUCGCUGUCCCGCUCCUCAAUCGUCGAGUGCGGCUCGUCGGUGGCCACCACCCACUAUCACAGCAACGGGAGCAGCGGCAGCAGUCACGGCUCCCCGCACAAGCGGGCCUCCAGCCAAAGUCUGGAGGAGGAGCACCUGCAGCAGCAUCGCGAACAGCAGCAGCAGCAACAUCAGCAGCAGCAACAGCAAUAUCAGCAGCAACAGCAGCAGCAGCAGCAAUUUGGCAGCAGUCAGGCGGUCUACACCAACGGCCUUGGCAGCAAAAUGGCCUUGUUGAGCAGCGCUGCUGCCAAUGUGGCACUUGCCCAGCAGCAGCAGCAACAACAGCAGCAGCAGCAGCAACAGCAGCAGCAACAGCAAAUCCACCAGGAGUUGUACUCCUCAACGGGCAGCAGCAUCUAUCUGGGUGGACUGAACAAUCACUGCCUGACCGCCGUGGGCGGUGUUGGUGGUUCGGCGGUGGGCGUGGCAGCGGCGGCGGGCAUGCUGCCACAGCACCUAAGUGCCGCCAUGGUGGCAGCAGCAACGGCGGCGAGCAAGAACAACAACAAGGUGAAACCGCUGCGGGGAUUGCGCACCAAGAUCAAGCGAAAGUCCGCCUGGAUGCGGUGAAUAUGGCGACAGGUUGGCGGCAAGUACUAACUAAGUACUCUAACUAAAGUACAGUACUACUUCGGCCACCUUGGAAAUGAAGGAAAAUCCCAAAUCCCAACCCCACGUGUACCGCCCGUUAAAUACCGCUCCCCCGCCCCCGCUACCUGUUGUUGUCUCUUUCUAAAGCAAAAAUUGUUCAAAUCACAGAGCAUUUAGACUAAAUUUCGUAAACCUUAGAGAAAAAAAAAGAGCUUACAGAAAAGCCAGUUCUUACUUAUUUUUUUGCUCUACUUUUUUCCCUUUUUUUUUUGUCUGUUUUUAUUUUUGCGUGUUUGUUAUACAAAUUUUUUUAUCACUUAAUUUCGAUUAAUUUUUAAUUUAGCCUUUAAUGUUUUUUGACUUCAUUUUUUACCCCCAAUUGAUUGUGUUGGCCAUCUAAACUGUAAUUGAUUAACUAUUAAUAUAUAUGAUUUACUAGCCAUCCUAGCUGCAAUUUCUUAUAACUCCUAGCUAUUAAGUUCUGAUUAUUUUUAGCGUGUAAUUUUAAUUUGUGCAAAUAUUUUACAGACCAGCCGGAUGGAAAAUUCUGAGAAUGGAAAAGUGUUUGAUUUUAAUUUAGUUUUUUUUUCGUUUUAACUCGCGAAUUGAGGGACACAAAGUAAACUUUUUCCAUCGUAUCAGUGAAAGGUUUAUAUCAAAAGAAACAACAAAUUGAGCUAAGCAAAAAAAAAUCCAAAAAAUCAACAAAACGAAAUGAAGAAAAAAAAUUGUAAAAAGCGCAAGAAAAUGGAAAAAAGCAAGAAAAGCAAACGAAACGUUUGUACAAAGAGCAAACUGAACUAAGAAAAAGAAAAUGUUUUUUCUACACCUAUAAGAUGAUCCAAAACACCCUACUUACAUGAUCUAAAACGAUAUACAAAUAUAUAUAUAUAUAUAUAUAUAUAUAUCUAAAUAUAUAUAUAGAGAUAUAGAAAGUUAAAUAGAGAAACUUAAGAUAAGCCAAGCAAGAAACCCACAAAGGAACACACAUUUAGCGCCUUAUACAUUGAGUCCUUAGCUGAAAAACGAAUGAGGGAUCUGUUGAAUUGUUUGAACUGCUUUGUUAUACGGAUGCAUAAGUAUAUAUAUUCUAUAUCGAUAUAUCUAAUUAUCUAAGGCCCAACCUCCCCUCCCAAAAACAGAAACACAAACAAAAAACGAAGCACUCAAGCAAAUGUUAAAUCAAAGAUAUCUAGUUUGUAAGCCAGUUUGUAAGCUUCAUUUGUAUGGUUACUUAGUUGAAAUGCUAAACAUUUGUUAACGAAGAGAAUCAAAACCGUAGCCGAUUUUAGUUGAAUGAACCUCGUCAAAUUUCCACACCCCCCCGCCCCCCGCCCCCAGAAAAGGUGUAUAUAUAUUGUAUACAAAAUGGAAAUCGCUGUUGAAAUUACGCUGCACAUCUUUACAUAGACAUAUUGUGGAAACCAAGAAAUACUUAUUAACAUUUAAAUAAGCUGAGGAAGAACUUGACAAAGAACGCCCUAAGUGUAUACACUUCAUGUACCUUUUUAGCAAAAACAAAAAAAAAAGCAAAAACGCAAAAGCAAAGAUCGCAUUAAAAAAUUAACGUAAAUAUAUAUAUACAUAUACAUAUGUUUAAACUUACCAAUUACGAAACUAAACUUAAUGUUGAUGACAAAGAGAAACCAAUUUGCUAGUUGUUACAAACAAGAAAAACAAAAAACAUGUUAAAAUAUUUUGUUUCCUCAAAACUUAUUGAUAAGAUUAUGGUUUUUGUUUAUUUUUUUUUUUAGUUUAAUUACGACAAAAUAUAGUGCCGCAGGGCAUAUAUUUUUGGGGAAUGGAAUGUGACUAAAUACCAGAAGCGAGAACAACAAAAUAAUUGUAAAUCUAGCUUUAGCUUUUAAGAAGGUCCUACACAAAAAGAAAAAAUCCGAAAAAACCGAAAAAAUCGAAAAAAAACCCAAUGGACACGACACACGUUGAAAGACAAUCGCCGCCCGAAUUGUUGUCGUUGUCGCUUAAGUUUAAACAAAUUCUAUAUAGAUAUAGACACCUACGAGUAAUAUAUACAACAUAACUUACACACACAGCAAUAGCAAAGUACAUAUACGACAAAUAUUGUUAUAGAAUCCUUAGCUUUAGCCGAGAGGAGGUGGAUAACUGUCCUAUCUUCCCGAUCCCACAAGUCCUAUAUCCUAUAUCCCAUAAUCCCCGGAAAACAACCGAUGAGCUAACCAGUUUUGUUAACAUGUUUUUUCUUAUAUUUUUAAACUAUUAUAUCGCAUUAUUAUUAUUACUAUUAUUAUUAUUAUUAUUAUUAUUAUAUUAUUAUUAUUACCGUGUAUAUGCCAUGCUGGUAUAUAUGCAUAUAUAUAUUUGAUUAUACAACUUUUUUUGCGUACCAAAUACACACCAAUCAAAAUGUGAAAUAUUUUCAUUACAAAA